AAAAUGGAAACCGCAAACCUUCUACGGUGCCGUUAAUCCUUCCUUUAGUUGCCAGUGAAAGUUACCUUGACCGUAUCAUCUGUGUGCCCACCGCUCUUUCCUCUAAAUACUAUAAAGAGCAAAGAAACACAAGCUGCUCUUUCUCAGUGACUUGCACUCCCAGACUAAAAACCGACCAAACGGUAACAACCUCCACAGCCAUCUCCGGCAAUGUCGCCGGAAAUCCAGGAGGCUCCACUGCCAGACCCGUAGCUCCGAAAUCCGACCAGCGAAACCAACAAAAUGGCCCAAAACCUCAAGCACCGGGUCUUCACGUGCCUCACCAAGCUCUCCGACCGGGACACCCACUCCAUAGCCGCGUCUGAACUCGAAUCCAUCGCCCGGACCCUCGACCCGACCCAAUUACCCACGUUCCUCUCGUGCAUUCACUCCACUGACCCGUCCGACAAGUCCCCGGUGCGGAAACAAUGCGUGAACCUCUUGGCGGUCCUCUCGGAGACUCACGGCAACACGCUCUAUCCGUACCUCUCCAAAAUGCUCUCCUCCGUCACGCGCCGCCUCCGCGACCCGGACUCCUCAGUCCGAUCCGCCUGCGUGAAUUCCGUCGCGGCUCUGUCUUCGCACGUCACGAAGCCUCCGUUCGUCUCGUUUCUGAAGCCCCUGGCCGACGCGCUCUUCACGGAGCAGGAUCCAAACGCGCAGAUCGGAGCGGCUCUGUGCUUGGCCUCGGCGAUCGACGCCGCUCCGGAUCCGGACCCGGCCAGGCUGGCGAAGCUGUUGCCGAGGUUCGAGAAGCUCUUGAAAUGCGAGAGCUUCAAGGCGAAGGCGGCGCUCCUGGCUCUGAUUGGUAGCGUUGUGAGUGUCGGUGCGGCGUCGUUUAACGGGACGCUGAGGAACUUGGUGCCUUGUCUUGUGGAGUUCUUGAGCAGCGACGAUUGGACGGCGAGGAAAGCGGCGGCAGAGGCGCUGCUGAGUUUGGCGCUGGUGGAGAGAGAUUCGCUGCCGGAGUAUAAGCCUGGCUGUGUGACGGUCUUCGAGAGUCGUCGAUACGACAAGGUGAAGGCUGUGCGGGAGGUUAUGAAUCAAAUGUUGGAGGCUUGGAAGCAGAUUCCUGAUGUUUCGGAUGAGGCAUCACCGCCGCCGCACUCGGAAUCUUCUUCGAAAGAGAAUGCGAGUGAUGGACGCCAUCCACCUGGGUCCAAAAAUUCUUUCCCUGCUGGUUCUAAAGCUCCUCAAUUGAGGAAAAACCCCAUCCUAACCAGCCGUUUAACGCCGACUGAUCGUUCAUCUGCUACCUGUGCAAGGAAGAGAAGUCCUUUGCAGAGCAACGACAAGAAAAUAGAUCCCCUGAUUUUCCGGAAGCUGGAUUGCAAGAGAUCUUCAGACUGGAAAGUUGAGAUUGCAGUGCCUAAUGUUUCUGGGCCUUUGGAGGUUGAUUAUAGGGAAAGAGAUGAGAAUGUCCCUGAGGGAAGGAAUACCGAGAAAAAUAGGUUAACCAAGCCCGAAACAAAACGGUCGCUCUUCAGUAAGAACUCUGAUGAUAAGUUGCACAAGUUUGGUGGGAACAAGAAUGGAUCUCGUGUGGUUCCAUGCCAUGAGGAGAUCCCAGAAUCCACUGUUGCCGGUAAUGUUACCGAUUUCCAUGGGAACCGCAAAGAGAGUGAGGAUUUAUCUUUAAUCCGCAACCAGCUUUUUCAGAUCGAAAAGCAGCAAUCUAGUUUACUAGAUCUACUGCAGAGAUUCAUUGGGAGCUCACAAAAUGGAAUGCGUGCUUUGGAGACACGUGUGCAUGGCCUAGAGUUGGCACUAGAUGAGAUCUCAUAUGAUCUGGCUGUAUCAAGUGGGAGGAUGACUAACACCGACUCCUUUAGCACCAAAUGUUGCCUUUUAUCGGGUGCAGAUUUUUUUAGCUCCAAGUUCUGGAAGAAGACAGAUGGCCGUUGUUCGUCCUCAAGGUUUUCUGCUUCCAAUGUUACCCCGUCAGUGCCUGCCAUGCGCUACAGAGCUGGUAACAAUGGCAAUGCUGAAAGGUUUAAGUCAGAGAACCGUAGGCUUCGGAUACAGGGUGGUGGUGGGUUCAUUGUGAAUCCACUAGCGGAGAUUCAGAGUGAUUCAAGGGGUAUCUCAGAGGUUUCACAUCACUAAUCAAUGGAAAACAACAGUUCUGAUGCAUAGUUUGGGCUGGAACUUUGAAUUCCCUCCGAUUCUAAUUUCAGCUUGGUGGAGAAACAACCUCCAAUGAGCAAGAGGUGUGAAUUUGAUCACUGCAUGGGCUAUAUUUGGCCUGUCAAGUAGCCUGUUGCAAAUUAUGUGAUGGAAGGAAGCGAUUCUUUUUUAUGCUAUCACCUAUAGAAGUGGUCUCGUGAUACUCUAGGAAAAGCAAAAAAAGUAGCUUAUUCACUCAAAAAGUCAUAAUCCGGUGCUGCAUUCAUCUUCUUUUUGAUUAUUUUUUCUACUAAAAUUGAGAACUCCCUAUGAGAGAGUUUCCACUAAAUGCCACUAUCAUGAUAUAGAGGGUGAAAUGUGUAUAGAGCAGUAGCGUUUAUUUUCCUCUUUGUUGAAAGUCUUUCUCUUUGUUUUGGUUCAUAAUUACUUGACCUAAAAAGGCAGCGAGUAUGUGGAUACUAUUAUGAUGAGCAUGCCUAUAUGGUUGAAGUUUUACCUA